AACCCUUGACCAACAGCAGCACAAAUUCAUUAUGCUGACACCACCAGAAUGGAACAAGGUGCAAAGACUUGACUCUUCUAGAGCCCUGUCGGUAUGUAACUGAGAUCCUGGGUGGGGAGGCCUAUGUAUCCUGCUCUGUUGUACUGCCUGCCCUCUGCCACUUGCGUCGUGUAAUGGAGGUCUCUGCUGAGGACCCUGCAUAUGUGGUGCGAUUUAAGACGGCAUUCAAAGAAGACCUAGCCUCCCGCCAAGAAAAUACCAACAACCCAUGGCUCAAGCUUGCAACGGCCCUGGAUCCACGCUUUAAAGACUUGAAGACCCUGCCCAAGAGUGAAAGAGAAGAGGUGUGGACCACACUGGGAGGCAUGCUGCAUGAACAAUCACCAAGAAGGUCACCACAGACUUCUGAAGAUGGGCCACCCAAGAAGAAAAUGAGCCUGCUCCUACAAAUGUGCUCAGAUUCAGAUUCUGAUGAGGAGGUGCAGCCUGGCAGAGACAUACACAGGUACAGGGCAGAGUCCUGCAUUAGUAUGGAGGACUGCCCCUUGCAGUGGUGGUCUACUCAUUCAGGAGCCCAUGACAAGCUGGCCCUGCUGGCUCGCAAAUAUCUAGCGACUCCUGCAUCCACAGUUCCAUGUGAAAGACUCUUCUCAGUGGCAGGCCACAUCGUGCAAAAGAAACGGUCAGCCUUACUUUCAGAAAAUGUCAACCAGUUAGUUUGCCUCAGCAACUGGCUAAAAGAAGAAUAGCCAAGAGAGACACAUUUUAUUGUAUGAAGGUGUGGUAGUUUGUUAAUUU